AUGGCGAGGAGUCAAAUAUCUGCAUCUGCACCACCUAGUUGGACGCGUCUCUGUGACAAUGGCCAAGACGACCUGUUGCACGACGACGACGUGCCGACCGCCAGUCUCUUGCGAAACGCGGAAGAUGAAGUUGACGUAGCUGAUGAUGGUCAAGAUGAUGCAGACUGCCGCCAAGGUGCUACCAGCUCACGUCGUGAACAAUGGAAUAGCCCACGAAUCAACAUGUAUCGAUAUUGCGGUGUGAACUUGUCGUUCUUCGUCAUGGGCAUGCAUGACGGCUGUAUCGGCGUCGAAAACUACUAUGAUAUCAACCACACCACUGUAUCAACAAUUUUCAUACUGCCGUUCCUGGGAUAUGUUACCGCAGCACUGUCGAAUGAUUGGGUUCACUAUCAAGUUGGUCAGCGAGGCAUCGCAUUCCUAGGACCGCUCUUCCGCCUCAUCGGAUAUGUCUCAAUCGUUUUUUGCCCACCAUUCCCUCUUCUUCCCAUACUUUUCAUGUUCACUGGAUUCGGAAGCGGCAUCGAAGACAGCGCAUACAAUGCGUGGGUCGGCAACAUGCACCAAACCAAUGAGUUGUUGGGCAUCAUUCAUGGGACGUUUGGCCUUGGCGCAACCGUGUCACCUAUUAUCUCGUCGACUAUGGUGGCCAAGCUAAAAAUGCCCUGGUACUCCUUCUACUACAUCUUCAUCUUGGUCGUGUGUGUUGAGCUUGCCUUUGGACUGUGGGCUUUUUGGGGCGCCACUGGAGCAGCACAUCGCGAGCGGCUCCGCCAAGGGGGCUCUGAUGAGGGAGCGAGGACCGCCACAGUCCUACGGGAGCCCGUCACAUGGCUCGUUGCCAUCUUUCUACUACUGUAUGCUGGUGUAGAGGUUAGUCUAGGGGGCUGGAUUCCAACUUUCAUGAUGGAAGAGAGACACGCUGAUGGUCUUCUGGCCGGCGUCACUGCCACUCUCUUCUGGCUUGGCUUGUCCCUUGGCCGAAUCAUUCUGGGUUUCGUCACGGGCCGCGUCGGAGAGAGGUUCGCCAUUACUGCAUAUCUAGUGUUAUGCGUUGCUUUCCAACUAGCGUAUUGGUUGAUUCCCACCACAGUCGGCGCCAUAUCAUUCGUAUCGCUUUUGGGUUUCUUCCUCGGGCCGCUCUUCCCGGCCGCCAUUGUCGUUUUAACCCAAAUACUUCCUGCAGAGUAUCAUGUCAGUGCCAUUGGAUUCUCAUCUGCCGUUGGAGGUGGUGGCGCCGCCGUCUUGCCAUUUGCUGGAUCUGGACUUGUCUGCGGUGGAGAGCACGAGGGAGGACUGGUGCCAGUUUGGAAGGAUGACGAGAAGAUGACAAGUCGCCUUUUGCUGCGAAUGUGA